AUGCCGCCAACUGACUCGGCCCGAUCUGCCUUGACGUCCUUCACCUGUACGCUCUGCAACAAAUCCUAUUCCCGCCACCCAGAAUACGAAGCACACAUCUCCUCCUACGACCACCAGCACAAAAAGCGCCUACGUGACCUGAAGCAAUUAUCUCGCGAUCCUAACGCCGCAGAGAGAGCGCGAAAAGCGGAACGCAAGGCCGACGCGGAGGCGGGGUUGGUCGUUGUCGACACCGCGCAGACAGCAGCGGGAGGGAAAAGCAGUGCGGGUGGUGGAGGGUUUAAAAAGGGCGGCUUCAAAAGCUCCUUCACUGUCGUCUCUGCCGGGAGUGGUGGCGCUACUGGUGCUGGUAAUGCGGCCGCAGCGGGCGGCGGCUUGAUCCGGAAGAAUGUAUUGGGUGACGACGAUGAGGAUGAAGAAAAAAGGGCUGAGAGUGAAAGUGCGGCACGGCCGCAAGCUGGAGCCGGCUCCAAACAGCCCAGUAACGACGUGGAAAGCGACACGGACGAAGAGUACGGCAAAGAUGAUGUGACAGCGGGAGGAGGUUACUACAACCCUCGCCUUCCAACGGGCUGUUAUGCGAAUUGCAAGGGCGCAUCAAGUAUUCCUUUGGGCUAA